CGCGUGCUCGCCCCCUGUCACGUGCGCGCCGCCCACCCAAUGGCGGCGGCGGACGGAGGCGCUGGAGUACGGCGGCUGGGGAAGGCACCAGGAUUACGUAACCGCGCGGAGAGAGCAGCUGCACGAUUACUGGGGGCAGAUUAGAGAUUACGUUGAUUCAGCAGAUUGUCCUGUGCAUGUCUGGGAAAGAUUACACCAGCAGAGUUAAGAAUACCCAUUUGCUGUGGUGCUGUUUUAGAAGAAUAGCCUCUGACCAAGAAUAAAAAUUGUUGUCGGAAUAAUAUGCGAACAGAUCAUGAAGAACUCUGUGGCACCAGUUAUGGAUCUUUUUGUCUAAACGGAGGGAUUUGUUAUAUGAUUCCUACUGUAUCCAGCCCAUUCUGCAGGUGUAUUGAGAAUUACACAGGAGCCCGUUGUGAGGAAGUUUUGCUGCCCAGCAUCAAGUCCCAAACAAAAGGUGACCUGUUCGCAGCUUUCUUGGCUUCAUUACUUCUUCUAGGAGUUCUUGUAAUUGGAGCAUUCUACUUCCUUUGCAGGAAAGCUUCCAUUCCAAGAACAAGUUCUUCAGAGUAUGGUGCCAGCCUGGUUGAAAUGACAAGCUGCAACAAAAUAAUAACAGAGUAAAGCAUUAGGAAUAGAAGAAUGCAGAGCAACCCUAGAAAUACACUAGAUGCUGAAAGCAAGAUGAGAGAAGAAAGACGACUGGAAUAGGAGGCUUCACUUAGGUGUUGGAGAAGACUGCAACUAAGACACAAAAAGUAGCACUUAAUACAGUUUCUGCCUAUUUUUAAAGAUGUAUCAAAUUAUAUGGAAAUUACUAAUAAUUUGUUUGCAUUUUGUACAAUUUUUCAUGACAAGUUACUGUUUCCAAUAAUGCACAGCUAGCAGCAUGAGAUCAUUUUGGGUUUUACUGCACAUAAAAUAUGAAAUCAUCUUUUUGUCACUCCAUAGAGAAGAAGAGAUAAUGGUAUAAUGGUAGGGGGUUUAGCAUCAGGUAAUUCUAUGAAGUUUCGAUAGGAUUGUCCUUUCUCAUAUGAUUGCCCCAGAGAAGUUGAAGUCUAUUGUGAUUCAGGCUUCCAAAUUUAUACCUGAGAUACAUGGCCAGAAUUUGGCUUGCUUCAGAUACACUUACUAAAUGUAGGGGGAACAAAAAGUACCUUUCUCCAGCUAAUACUGACUCCUUGGGGUUGUUCUAAAUAGCAAUACAACACGAGGCUCAGGUCACAGUGACAGUGUAUUGGGCAUGAGAUUUUAACUCAGAUUAAAAGGAAAAAAAAAAGGAAAGAGAUUGGUAAUGGUUAAAAGAGCUUCACUAGGCAGAAUAUUUACCCUUUUUUGGUAUAUGUCACUGCUGUUAUACAAUACACCUCCCUUAAUGGUUUUAUUUUUGUCUUGCUAUCUUCAGAAAAUCUUGCUACUUGAAGAAGACUUACACCUUAACUGAAAUUUUCUAGUUGAUAUUUCAGAUACUAGAAGCCAGAAAUUUUACUCAUCAGGUCCAUUUCUGACACAAAGUAUAAUCCAGACAGUGUCUUGUCUGAGCUGCCCUCUCUAAAGGUUUAUUUUAUUCACAUAACCAUUUGCUGAUCACACCAGUAUGUUACACAACCCUACCUAGUUGCUUACAGGAUUCUCUUACUCAGACAAAGAGAAGCCAGAUGACAUGGUCCACCUCUGUUUCUGCCUUGACAACACCAAGAGAUUGUCUGGUUAGAGGCACAGAAACUGAACAAUUUUCUUCUCAUUUCUAGCACUGGAGGUUGAAACCAGCAAAACUCAGGUAUGAUUCCAUUAAGGCAUAUUACCUAGCAGCUCAUUAUAUGGGAUUUAUAAGGCUGUAUUGAACAGAAAACGGAGAAAAUGUCUAGAAUUGAAAAGGGAGAAAAUUCAGAAUACAGAUUUCUUAUCUCUCAAAUAAACAAUCCAGAGAUCUAUGUAAGUAUAGGUGCAAAGAAAAUCUUGAGUAAGCUUCUAUUUCUGAGAGGUAUUCUACAUGCUCUAGUGUCAGAUUAAAAAGUGUGUAUUUUAUAUCAAUGUAGUCAGUAUGGGAAGACAGAGGAGACAUGCUGUUACAGCAUAUAAGGUAAGAAGUCAAAGAGAGAACAGUCUUAUAAUAGCUACCAGAAAAGAAAACAGAAAAAUACAUUACCUUCUGAGGACUCAUGUCAGAGACAUUAGAUUCAACAUCAAAGCUCAGCAUCUGAAGAAAGAUACUGAGGGCACCAAAUCAAGUAUAGGACCUGAUCCAAAGAUAAAGUCAUAUGAAGCAGUAAACUAUCAUUUUCUCCCCAAAUGAACUCAUCCUAUACAUUCUUUUCUGGACUUCAGACCUUCAGCAGACACUCUGGAGGGAGUUGACCGUGUUUUAAAGGCUAGGAAAAGUAAAAGUGAUUUUUCAUCACACAGAGACAUGCCACUGGGAGUUGUAGCCGUACUGACAGCUACAUUAGUAUCAGUAUGACCUAAAGUACUUUGCACCACCUCAGGGAAAACGAAUGACUCCCAUGUGUUAUUGUUCAUGAGACAUUCAGGCUUAAUGUUCAAGUUUUGUGCACUGUUCUCAUUGAAGGAGGAAAAGGUGUGUGGUCAUCCUAAACAGAAAUUCAGGAAGGAAAUAUUAGUGGAGAUUUUAAUAUAUAAAUAGACUGAAGUUGUGCUCUACCAACUCUUAGACAGACAUGGAAUAGUUAUUUACUGUUACCUACCUUGUUUGCAUUAUUCAGGAAACAAUUUGUACAGAAAGUGGGGAUGAAUAAACCCCAACUCUUUAAAUGUAAACAACCUGAUUUAUGAGGCCAUGUUAUUUUUGAAGGAAACCCCACUAGAGAUUGAAACUGCUUCUAACCCAUUGCAUCUGAGAACAUUUCAGCUUCUAAAAUUACUUUGGUUCACAAAGUUCAUGAAUAUGACAUUCAGGUCAAAAUGAGAUCAGGCUGCAAAUUCAUUUCCAAGUGAUCUAAUGCCACAGAAAGUACAGGGUAGCCAACACUACAUGUAAUUUGAUAAAACUGUACAACAUUCUAGCAAUGCUUGCUUAUGAAAUUCAGCAAGUAGACCUGUGAGCAAUAAAGCUAAAGAAACACCAGUUCCAGUGUAUCAGAUCUUGUGGCUGGAGUCACUGGAGUCUCGUGUAUGUGCGCAGGGAUGAGUAAUAAGGUCUGCCUUCCACAUUUUACUCGUGUUUUCAUGAAACACAGGAUCUCAUGUCUUCAAAACCGCCCCACCACCAGCUCAAAGAAACCCACAAAAGACCUAUUUCCUAGCACGCUUCACUCUGAUUACACAAUAAUUUACUAUAGCAGUACAGCAAAAAAAUUAUACCUGGGGGUCAUGUUGUCCUUCCAGCAUGCUGUAGUAAAGUGUUGCAAAAACCUUUUGAUCAUUAGCAGAAGGAAAUGCAAGCCAUGAACAGGAAAUCUUUUGAUAGACCUAAGUGGUUGCUCAUAGGUUACUCAGUAUGUAACUUUCUAUCCAUAGCCCAAAAACUGGAGCAAAGUCUGAGAAAAAGGGAAGGAGAAAUGACUGUUCAGAAACACCCAAGAGCAUUUCCCUGCGUUGCAGAGUCUUCUUACUAGUAUUAAGUGGGAAGACCAACGAUAAGUUCAUUUGGUAGCACUUCCUAUUUUAAUUGACCUUUCGUAUUGUGCAACUCCUGAAGAAUACACUGCGUUAAAAAAAAAGCUUCUUCCUGGACUUGCAUGUUCUAAGAGCAGUAGAAGGGCACUGACAGCCUGACUCAGUUAUUUGAAAAUGGAAAGCAGUGAAGAAAUGGGGGAAGAGAACUUAUCACAACAGAAACGGUGCCCAUGCCGUUGUUUUUGUUGGGUUUGGACUAGGAGCUAUCAAACUGAGCAGAGUCCAAGCAGCCAGGGAACGCAGAGUUGACCUGGAAAGGACAAAAACUCCUGUGACAUGUUCAUCAUGAGCAUGUACCUAGAAGAGACUGCCCAAGCAGAGGGAGAGCCUUAGACAAAGGCAGUUAUAGAUUUAACAUGGGAUGCCCAACUCUUCUGCAUUAAAAAACAUCACCUCCUUAGGUCUUUGGCAUUCUUUCAGACUUAAAGGACAUCAAGCUACCUCCAGUGAAAAACAGACUGGAUUAACUAGGAUAAGAGUUUGCACUUGUACUAUGCCCCUUUUCAAACCCAGGGAUAUUAAUGAAGAUGUAUGUCUUGGAAUCUACUCGGGGGUUAAAAAAAACACCUGGAACUAAAGUGUGUUACAGUUCUCUGUGAAGGUUUUUUACAUUACCAGAAUGCAUACAUACCUCUCUCUGUUAUAAUGGCUUCUGUUGACAUCUGCAUACUUAAGAGAUGGAACAUUCAUGUAUCAGAAUAAUGAAAAUAAUCCAGACAAAUUAUUUGCAGUUAAAGUUACUGAAAAAAAGUGCUGCUUAAGAAACUACUACCUUAUUUCCUGGACUUCAGUGGAAAAUGAACAAACAAAACCAGCCGAACGUGCAUGUCUGAACGUUUCAGAACACCUAAAAUAGUUUUCAUCAUUGCAUGUAACAAGAUCUGCUUGUGCUUAUCCAAA